UUUAGUUGGGUUCACGUGAGUAAUGGCAAGAUGGCGGCGAAGAGAUGUCACAGUUUUGUGCUGUGGAACACCUGGAGAUUGGCCAGCUCGAAAACAGAGAACAAGCCGGGCUCGAGAAAGGAACCUCUGAGAAAGCCUGUAACCCCUGUUGGCCGCUUGGAUCAUCCACAGCAGAAGACGGUGGGAGAAGAUCCCCUGGAAAGGUUUCCUGAUGACAUCAAUCCAGUCACAAAAGAAAAGAACGGACCAAGAGGCCCUGAGCCGACCCGCUAUGGAGACUGGGAGAGAAGGGGACGCUGUAUUGAUUUUUAACAUUUUCUGCUUUAUGUAAAUUCAGCAAUGCACAAUUUGUAAAAAAAAAUUGAGGUUUAUAUGUAAAGUUCAACCAUGACAUGGUAAUGCAGCUGGGUUCAUAUGAGGGUUUAGUUCUGUUUAAUUUAGAGCAGAUAAUAAUACACACUGAUGUGGUUUCUCAAUGCUGUCUUAGCCUCUCUAAAACAUAUAUUUUUAGGCUCAAUUUGAAAAAUUAUUAAUCAAUAAAUAGCAAUUAAAUACAUUAUCAUGUUACAAGUGUCUCAAAGUUCUCCAUAAAACUUAAUUUGUAACAUAUGAUCAAUGUAGAAAUAUUUGUGUAAUUGUCGAAACCCAGGAAGGAUUUUUCCGAUGACAGGGUGUCACAGUCUAAGGUUACAGGAUGGACCACUUAGGACUUCAGUGAGGAGAUAUUUCUUCACCCAGACAACUGACUCCAUUGAAUUCUCUGCCACAGAAAGUGUUUGAGGCCAAAAGGUUGAAUGUUUUCAAGAAAGAGUUAAAUCGCGUUCUUAGGACUAAAAUGAUCAAAGAUUAUAUGGGAAAAAAAUGGAAACUGAGUUGAAUCAAAAACAGAACUUGCUAGAGACACUCCAUAGGUCUGGCAUCAUCUGUAGAGAGAAAGUAGAGAUAAUAUUUUGGGUCCAGUGAUCCUUCAGAGAUAGUUUUGCUUAACCUAGUGCCCAGCAAUUUCUGAUUUGUUUCAGAUUUCCAGCAUCUGCAGUUUUGUUUUAUUGUACAGAGGUGGAUGAUCAACCAUGAUCACAUUGAUUAGUGGAGCAGGCUCAAAGGGCCAAAUGGGUUAUCGAUGCACCCAUUUUCAAUGUUCCUAUGAUUCAUGUCAGACAUAUGAUCACAGGAUGAUUCAAUGUAUUACACAUCUAGGUAGAAUUAUUUAUGUGUUUUAAUAUUGUAGCAAGAUUAAUGUAACAUACCAUGUUAGGUGAAGAAAACAACUUCAUAUCCUGAAGAACCCUUGUUUGGACUGCCCUGCCCACCCAUUUCUACCAUGAUGGAUCAAUCAGGGCUAGCUAUGCCCCUUAUAAUGUAGAUAUUCAUUUUCCAAGUUUUUACAGACAGUGGCUAAGGUUCCAUGUAUUUGAAAAUCUGUCCAUGUGCCAUGUUCAUUGUAUUAUUUGUUACCGUGCAUUAUACUGUUAGCAAAUGAUUUUCUUUGUGAGCAGAUAGUAUAAGACAGAUGGUGUCACAGACAAUGAGUCAGGCUAUUGCAACAAAAAGCUGGAAAGCUGAGACCAUCCCACUGAAUGUAGCAGCUUAAUUUUGUGAAAUACUUGGAUAAAUAAUGUUAUAUGGUUGGUCAUAGCUACUACGUAGCUAAUAUGAAAUAAAGCUGUUAUUGAUUCA